AUGGCCAACAAGAAGCUCGAGAGGUUCUACGGCUUCUUCUACGGCUGGCUGGUGGCCUUCACCGCCGCUAUGGGCGGUUUCCUCUUCGGCUACGAGAUAGGCAUCAUCAAUCAGGUGUUCACGAUGCACCCCUUCAAGACCACCUUCGACAUCGAGACCUACGACCCCAACACCGACACGUACACCAAGACAGGCGACGCCGAUGACAUCACAGGAUGGGUUACCUUCACGUUCCUCAUCGGCGCUGCUGUGGGAGCGCUGGUGGUCUACUACCCGUGUAACAUGCUCGGCCGCAAGUGGACCAUCAUGCUCGGGGGUGUCGCCUUCAUGGUCGGCGUGGCGAUGGAGACUGUGGCGGGCAACAUCGCCACCCUCUACCUGGGCCGAGUCGUCGCCGGCGUGGGCGUGGGCUUUAUGUCCUGCUGCGUGCCGCUGUACAUCGCCGAGACUGCCAAGACGAGCAUUCGCGGAAGGCUCAUCGCCGUAUACCAGUUCAUGAUUACGAUCGGCAUCUUCGUCGCCACGUGCGUGAACUCCCUCAUCAUCAAGUUCUACGGCGACUCCGCAGGGGACAGCGAGUGGCGCCUCGCGUUCGGCCUCCAGUUUGUGCCCUGCGCGCUCAUGUUGGCUUCGCUCCUCGCCCUACCCUUCUCUCCUCGGUGGCUGGCCUACGUGGGCCGCGACAAGGAAGCCCUGGCCGUCGUGUCCAAGCUGCGCGGGAAGCCCGACACAUCCGAGGCUGUGCUGGCCGAGUACGAGGAGAUCAUCACGGCCGUGGACGAGGAGAAGGCCAUCGGCGAGGGCUCCUGGCUCGAACUCUUUAUCGACCCUGCCGUGCGCUACCGCACCUUCCUCGCCAUCUCGCUGCAGUUCCUGCAACAGUGGACCGGCAUCAACAUCAUCCUUUACUUCGGGUCCGAUCUCUAUGCCGCGCUCGGCUUCUCGGAGGACAUGGCCAACAUCGGCUUCCCGCUCAUCAACAGCGCCGUCAACAUGCUCGCCACGCUGCCCGGCAUGUGGCUCAUCGAGGUCAUCGGCCGUAAGCUCCUCAUGACAGUGGGCGGCGUCGGCAUGGCCAUCUCUCUGGCGCUUGUGUGCGUCUUCGGCGAGGUCGGGUCGAGCCAGGACACCCUCGACCGGCUGGGCAUCGGUGCCAUCACCUUCAUCCUCGUCUUCACCAUCUUCUUCGCCGCCACCUGGGGUCCGGUCGUAUGGGUCUAUCAGUCCGAGAUCUUUCCCCUCCGCCACCGGGCCAAGGGCAACUCCGCCGGCACCGUCUCUAACUGGACCUGGAACGCCGUCAUCUCCAAGGUGGCUCCCCUCAUCCUGGCAGACAUCAACUACUACACCUACCUCAUCUUUGCUGGCGCGUGCCUCUUCAUGGCCAUCUUCGCCCUCAUCCUCUGCCCCGAGACCAAGGGCCUCACGCUGGAGCAGGUGGAGGCCGUCUUCGGUCAGUCGCCCGCCGCCGGCCGCGCCAACAAGAGCUCCGCUGCAGCGGAAGUCGAACUAGGCGAGUUGGCCGGCGAGAGCGCCCUGUCAGCUCCUCCGUCGCAGCGGGAGGAGACAGACACCUCCGCCGAACAGUGA